UCCCGCGGAGAAACUGCUCAAUAACUAGGGCGCGCUAGGGGACAAGUUUUAUUCUUGCGCAAAACAUAUGCACUUAUCGUGUAUUUAUGUCGACAAUGUGGAUACCGACAGACAAUGAGAAAUACGGUGUGGUGAUAUCUGGUUUUCGAGGAACAGUUCCUCAUGGCUUACCAUUGGAGGUGGGAGACACAGUUCAGAUACUGGAAAAAUGUGAUGGCUGGUACAGAGGAUUUGUUUUAAAAAGUCCAAGUAUUAAGGGAAUUUUCCCAGCUACCUACAUUCACUUGAAAAAUGCAAAUAUCAAAAACAAAGGGCAAUUUGAAACAAUCAUUCCAACAGAAGACUCUGUCAUCACAGAAAUGACAGGAACUUUACGAGAAUGGGGGAUUAUGUGGAAACAGCUUUAUGUGAAGAAUGAAGGGGAUUUAUUCCAUAGACUGUGGCACGUGAUGAAUGAACUGCUUGACCUCCGUCGGCAGGUACUUGUGGGACAUCUGACACAUGACCGGAUGAAAGAUGUAAAACGUCACAUCACAGCUCGCCUGGACUGGGGCAAUGAACAGAUGGGCCUGGAUCUGGUUCCAAGGAAAGAAUUCAGCAUGGUGGAUCCUGAUGAAAUCAGUGUCACAGAACUGUACAAAUUGAUGGAGCACAGACAUCGCAAGAAAGAUACCCCAAUACCAACGAGUACCCAUCACCUCUUUCUGCAGAUGAAAAGUCUGAUGUGUGCUAAUCUAGGCGAAGAACUAGAAGUCUUCUUUUCAAUUUAUGAUAGCAGGGAAAAUCAUCCUGUCAGUGAAAGAUUCUUUGUAAAAUUGAAUAAGAACGGAUUGCCGAAAUUUCCGGAGAGAAUGGAAAGGCAAUGCACUCUCUUUGUUGAUUUGGGGAGCAGUGACCUCAGGAAGGAUAUAUAUAUUACUGUUCACAUUAUAAGACUGGGUCGAAUGGCUGCAGGAGAGAAGAAGAAUACUUGCAAUGCACAGUAUCGGCGACCAUUUGGUUGUGCAGUUCUGAGCAUUGCAGACCUGCUGCAAACUGAAAGAGAUACCAGGGACUCCAAAGAGGACCACAUGCUUAAAGUCUACAUGUGCAAUACUGAAAGUGAAUGGUACCAAAUACAUGAAAAUAUUAUCAAGAAGUUAAAUGCCCGGUACAAUUUGACAAGCUCAAAUGCUGGUUUGUCUGUUGCACUACAGCUGCUACAUGGAGAUAUUGAUCAGAUCCGGAGAGAAUACCCAGUAUUGUUCACAAGAGGUGUGGCGAUCACCAGAAAAUUGGGCUUUUCUGAUAUUAUCAUGCCAGGUGACAUCAGAAAUGACUUGUACGUAACACUGGAGAGAGGAGAAUUUGAAAAAGGAGGCAAGAGUGUGGCCAGGAAUGUGGAUGUUACCAUGUAUGUUUUAGAUAGUGAGGGGCAGAUCCUCAAGGAUUGCAUUUCACUGGGGUCUGGAGAAAUUCCAGUGAGUGAACACCACUCCUUUGUGCUUUACCACAACAAUAGCCCCAGGUGGGCUGAGCUGCUGAAGCUUCCUAUUCCAGUGGAUAAAUUUAGGGGUGCACAUAUCCGUCUUGAAUUCAGGCACUGUUCCACAAAGGAAAAAGGAGAGAAAAAGCUUUUUGGGUUCUCCUUUGUUCCACUGAUGCAAGAAGAUGGCAGAACAUUGCCAGAUGGUAUUCAUGAACUCUUAGUACACAAGUGUGAAGAAAACACCAACUUUCAGGACCCUGCUCGCUACCUCAAACUUCAGUAUUGUAAAGGAAAUCUCCAUGGUAACAGUCAACCAGUCAAAGCUUCCAAGGAAAGUUUUUGGAUUUCAUCUUUUCUGUGCUCAACUAAGCUCACUCAGAAUGGAGAUUUGUUGGAUUUUUUGAAGUGGAGAGCCCACCCAGAAAGAAUAUGCGACAUCCUGUCAAAAUUCAAAGAUAUAGACGGUGCAGAAAUAGUCAAGUUUCUACAAGAUACAUUGGAUGCAUUAUUUGGAAUUUUGGAUGAAAAUUCACAAAAAUAUGGAUUGAAGGUUUUUGAUUCAUUGGUCCAUAUAAUCAAUUUGCUGCAGGACAUCAAGUUUCAGCAUUUUAAACCAGUUAUGGAUACAUACAUAGAAAGCCAUUUUGCUGGAGCGUUAGCUUACAGGGAUCUUAUCAAAGUGCUGAAAAGAUACAUUGAUCGAUCAAUAGAAGCAGAGAGACAAGAACAUAUUCAGGAUGUGUUGAGGGCACAGGAAUAUAUAUUUAAAUAUAUAAUUCAUUCCCGAAGCCUAUACACUCUUGCAACUGGUGGACAGAAUGAGGAAGAAUUUCGUAGCAGUAUUUAUGAAUUGUUCCAGUCAGUGCGAUACUUCCUGUCCAUUGAAAGCCAAGGUUCCUCCAUUAUUACACAGACACAGGCUGUGUUCCUGAGCUCUUUCCCAGCUGUAUAUUCCGAGCUUCUGAAACUGAUAGAUGUACGGGAAGUGGCAAACCUGGUCAGAGACACCUUGCGCAGCAUGCCAGAUGCCCUGCAUGUGGAAUAUUCACUGGAAGCUGUCAAACUCCAGUGCGUUGCUAAAACAGUGGAGAGCCAACUAUUUAUCAAUCCUGAUUCUCGCUGCAUUCUCCUACCUGUGGUUCUACGCCAUCUCCACAUGCAUUUGCAAGACCAGAAGGAUCUAAUCAUGUGUGCACGCAUCCUUAGCACAAUGUUUUGUCUGAUCAAGAAGGACAGCUCUGAAAUAACUGCUUCAGAGGAGGUGGACAUGCUUGUAGACAGCUUGCUAGGUGUGCUGCUGAGAACCAUACUAGAAAUCAGCAACAGGUCACAACCCUCUGGACCAACAAUUCGUCUGCAGUUUCAGGACGUGACUGGUGAGUUUGUGGCAUGUCUGCUUGCUCUGCUAAGGCAAAUGACAGAUAAACAUUAUCAACAACUUCUGGAAAGCUUCGUCAGCAAAGAUGAUCUCCGGGAUUUUCUGCUGCAGAUAUUUACAGUGUUUAAGAUUCUGAUAAGACCAGAGAUGUUUCCAAAAGACUGGACGAUAAUGCGCUUGGUUACCAACAACGUGAUCAUCACUACAAUUCUCUAUCUCUCUGAUGCACUCAGAAAGAACUUUCUAAAUGAAAGCUUUGACUUCAAGGUGUGGGAGUCUUAUUUCUAUCUGGCAGUAAUAUUUAUCAAUCAGCCUUGCCUUCAACUUGAGAUGUUUUCACCUUCAAAAAGAAAGAAAGUUCUAGAAAAAUAUGGAGACAUGAGAGUGAUGAUGGGAUGUGAAAUCUUCAGCAUGUGGCAAAAUUUAGGAGAGCACAAGUUACAAUUUAUUCCUGGACUUAUUGGACCAUUUUUAGAAGUGACACUUGUACCCCAGGCUGAUCUUCGGAAUGUGAUGAUCCCAAUUUUCCAUGACAUGAUGGACUGGGAGCAGAGACGUACUGGAAAUUUCAAACAGGUGGAAGCAAAACUGAUAGACAAAUUGGACAGCUUAAUGUCAGAAGGCAAAGGUGAUGAAACUUACAGAGAGCUUUUCAACAGCAUCCUACUGAAGAAAAUUGAGAGAGAAACCUGGCGAGAAAGUGGUAUUUCUCUAGUAGCCACUGUAACUCGCCUAAUGGAAAGGUUGCUGGAUUACAGAGACUGCAUGAAAGUGACAGAGGUUGAUGGCAAAAAGAUUGGCUGUACAGUUAGCCUGUUGAAUUUUUAUAAAACAGAAAUAAACAAAGAAGAAAUGUAUAUCCGCUACAUUCAUAAGCUGUAUGAUUUGCACUUAAAGGCACAAAACUUCACAGAAGCUGCAUACACACUGCUUUUGUACGAUGAGCUCCUGGAGUGGUCAGAGAGGCCUCUGCGAGAAUUCCUUCAUUACCCAAUGCAGACUGAGUGGCAGCGCAAGGAGAUUCUUCAUCUGACCAUCAUCCAGAACUUUGACAAAGGCAAAUGUUGGGAAAAUGGAAUUAUCCUUUGCCGGGAGUUGGCAGACCAAUAUGAGACCUUCUAUGAUUACCGCAAUCUGAGCAAGAUGAGGAUGAUGGAGGCUGCUUUCUAUGAUAAAAUAAUGGAUCAACAGCGUUUGGAACCUGAGUUUUUCAGGGUUGGAUUUUAUGGGAAAAAAUUUCCUUUCUUCUUAAGAAACAAGGAGUUUGUCUGUCGAGGACACGACUAUGAGCGAUUGGAGGCUUUCCAACAGCGAAUGUUGAAUGAGUUCCCACAUGCAAUUGCUAUGCAGCAUGCCAACCAGCCUGAAGAGACCAUUUUUCAGGCUGAUGCACAGUAUCUGCAGAUUUAUGCAGUAAUUCCUAUUCCUGAUAAUCAUGAGAUACUGCAGAAAGAAGCUAUACCUGACCAUAUUAAGAGUUUUUAUAGAGUCAACAAUAUCUGGAGGUUCAGAUAUGAUAGACCAUUUCACAAAGGAAUCAAGGACAAAGAAAACGAGUUCAAGAGUCUGUGGGUUGAACGAACUACUUUGACAUUGGUUCAGAGUUUACCAGGUAUUUCCCGCUGGUUUGAAGUGGAUAGACGGGAAGUGGUUGAAAUGAGUCCACUCGAAAAUGCAAUUGAGGUGCUGGAGAACAAGAACCAACAACUGCGAACCCUAAUCACUCAGUGUCAGUCAAGACAGAUGCAGAAUAUCAAUCCCCUGACCAUGUGUCUCAAUGGAGUCAUUGAUGCAGCCGUUAAUGGAGGACUUGCCAGAUACCAAGAGGCAUUCUUUGUGAAGGACUACAUUCUCAACCACCCUGAGGAUGGAGACAAAAUCUCUCGUCUGAGGGAACUAAUGUUUGAACAGGCCCACAUUCUGGAAUAUGGUUUAGCUGUCCAUGAGAAGUUUGUACCGCAAGACAUGAGACCAUUACACAAGAAGCUGGUGGAUCAGUUCUUUGUGAUGAAAUCCAGAUUGGGGAUACAGGAUUUUCCAGGAUAUGCUCGUGUGAGUCCAAUACACUUAACCAACGGGAGCCCACGUACCUGCAGGAAUCCAACGUUGGGUGCUGUAAGUCCAGAUGGAGCCAGACUUGUCAACAGACGCAGUCCAUUAAGUUACCCAGCAUUCAACAGGUAUUCUUCUUCUUCAUUAUCGUCACAAGCAUCAGCUGAAGUUAGCAACAUCACUGGGCAGUCUGAAAGUUCUGAUGAAGUUUUUCAAAUGCAGGCAAGUCCAUCUACCUCAAGCUUAAGCUCCACUCAUUCAGCAUCUCCAAAUGUUACUAGUUCAGCUCCAUCCAGUGCCAGAGGUUCCCCGCUGCUAUCUGAUAAACACAAACAUUCAAGAGAAAAUACAUGCUUGUCUCCCAGAGAACGACCUUGUAGUGCCAUUUAUCCAAUAUCUAUGGAACCUGCACAGCAGACACUUACCCAGCAGAUUGGUGAUCCCUGCAUGCCCAGAAGUGAUCCCAAUUUAUCUGCACCUGAAAAAGUAAUGAAUCCAACUCCUAGUAGUUGGAGUCUAGACAGUGGUAAGGAAGCUCGAAACUGUGUACCAGACAGUGCAAGGCUGGUGUCACCUCCUGUCCCACCCAGGCCACCACAUACAGGUUCACCUGCAAAGACAUACAGGUCCUUUUCUCCACAGGCAUUUGAAACACCUCCUGCCCAUCCCAGAUCUCCUCAUAAGAGUUCUGUUCAAUCAUUGACUCCUUCUCCCACUGAUUAUCAAUCCUUGGGGCCAGUUUACAACUCACCUGUGCUGUCUGGAAGCAGUAGCAGUGGUAUUUCUUCCCUGAGCAGGGGAAGUGUGACCGAGACCACCUUGACUGAUGGAACAAUUACAUGCACCUUAAUUGGGUCGGAGGAAUUAAUUAAAAGGGAGAAUGAAACCUUUGCUUGUAUGCCACCACGUUACAACUUAUCUGAACAUGGCACUGGAACGUCAAGACGUCGAGCUCCUCUACCUCAUAGCCUGUCUGUUCCUCCCAAUGCUGAGCCACCAGCUCUCCCUCCUAAACCCCAUGUACUGCGUGUACAUAGGUCAGAAGGUGAAAACCGAAUGGAUGAAAUUCUUGUCAGACCCAGAUCUCAGCCUCGAAAAGUGUCUCAACUAUAGAAAAUCUGAAUACUGGCAAAAAUUUUGUUCAACCUAAAUGCUAAUUUGGCCAAAAGAAUCCAGGUGGGCACCUUAAACUUAAACCGUUUUGACCACAUGUAUGUACCCAUUGAUCAGUGAUUCUGCUGAUAUGUAAUGGAGCAUUGUUAUGCAAUAGGUCAGGAUGGAGAAACAGAAGGAACUAGCACGUGACCAGAAUGGUUAUCCAGUUGCAAUGAGGAGUCCCCUUUUUCCCCAAUUUGCAUUUGUGCUAAUGACACAAAUGCUAUACUAUGUCUAAUGUCUGUUAGCCAGGGAUCUAUAAGAAAGCACAUUAGUUGAUAUAAAAAUAGAGUCUGCAU